AAUAUUAUUGAUAAGAGUGGAUUAUCUAUGACUGAUAAUUAAAUAAAAACUCUUAAUAUUAUAGGCGUAAUGUCAGGAACAUCUUUGGAUGGAUUAGAUUUAGCAUACUUUAAAUUUAAGUAUCUUGAAAAUUAAAAGUAGACUUUUAACUCUAAAUCUUUUACUUACGAGAUAAUCAAUGCAGAAACAAUAGCCUACGAUGAAAAUAUGAGAAGUAAUUUAAUAAACACAAUGUAAAUGUCUGGUGUAGAGCUGUCAAAGUUUGAUAGAGAAUAUGGAAAAUUUAUUGGAGAAAGUAUUGUGAAAUUUAUUAAAAAAUUUAAUAUUCAUCAUAAAUCUGUUGAUUAUGUUUCUAGCCAUGGGCAUACUGUUUUUCACAAUCCAUCAGAACAAUAUACAGUAUAGAUUGGUCACGGUUCUUCAAUAGCAGCAAGUUGCAAAAUUCCCACAAUAUGUGAUUUUCGUAGUUUAGAUGUAGCUCUUGGUGGUCAGGGUGCUCCAUUAGUUCCUAUUGGAGAUAAAUUAUUGUUUGCAGAAUAUAAAUAUUGUCUGAAUAUUGGAGGCAUAAUAAAUAUUUCGUUUGAUAUUAAUUAAUCUGAUGAAAUUAAUCAAAUUCGCAAGGCUUUUGAUGUAUCUCCAGGAAAUAUGAUACUAAAUUACUUAUGCAAAAAAUACUUAAACAAAGAAUACGAUGCUGAUGGUUAAGAAGCAAGGUUAGGUAAAACACAUUAAGAAUUACUAAAUUAGUUAUUGAAUGUAGAAUUUUUCUUAAAGGCAGGACCUAAAUCUCUUGGUAAAGAGCAUGUUGAAAAAGAUUUUUUACCAUUAAUAGAAGCAAAUUAAGAUUUGUCUGUACAAGAUAAAUUAAACACUGUUGUUGAAAUGAUGGCUUAAACUACUGCUGAAUAAAUCAAAGUUAAUGAUAGUAAAUAAGAAGAUGAUAUAAAAGUUUUAGCCACAGGAGGUGGUGCAUAUAAUAAAUAUUUUAUUGAAAGACUUAAUUUUUACCUUAGAGAUACUAAAGUAUAAGUAAUUGUACCAAAUAAUUUAAUUGUAGAGUUUAAGGAAGCUCUUUUGUUUGCAUUUCUAGGAUUUCUUAGAAUAUUAAAAUUACCUAACUGCCUAAAGUCUGUCACAGGGGCUUCCUAAGACAACAUUGGGGGAUGUUUGUAUUUAAUUUGAAAAUCACAAAUGUUUAUAAUAUACUGUUAAUUUUAAUUAUUUUUAGUAUUAAUAAUAAAUGAAUGUUAUUCGGUGUAAAUAUAAGAUUUUCUUUUUCAGUGUUU